AUGUUCCUAGCAACCAUUGUGUCCACUUUGAUUCUCAUCGCAACCAUCUACUACCUGUUCAACCGGUCCAUGAAAAAGCAGACAUCCAAGACUUCGUCCAGCACGGCCUUGACCUCGGACCCUGGAAAGGGAACGCUCUUCUCCAAACUGAUCCCGAAGCAGACGACAAUGACCACGUACACAGUGACCACGACGAUGUGUCCGCCGCCCGAUGACCUCAGAGGGCAGAUGGUAGCGCUGAAGGCGACAGGAGACGUACCUCUUGCUGAUGGCGAAGAUUUGGACUUCGGCAAAGAGCACCGGAAGCAGGAACUGGAUGCGCAUAGUUACGGAGAGGGGAUGCAACAACUUUGCCAAGGUGCUCCACCAACGCUGGCGGAAAUGCAGCAGCACCAGGAUCCGAGUGACUUACCUCUGGAAUCGCUGGUCAUCAAUGACAAGGCAUGGACUGAAAACAUGCUGGUGGGACUGCAGUCUCAGGCAAGGGGGAUGCUCUUGCGCCGGGCCUUCCUCGAGUACCAGAGACAGAGGAAGCUGGCCGCCACCAAGAUCCAGUCCUGGUGGAGGGCCAACUGCAGCGACGCCGACACCAUCUUCAUGAAGAAGUACGAGGCGAUGCUGGACAAUGCCUUCUACAAGGUGUACCAGUCAGAGGAGAGCGAGGUUACCUGGUCCGCCGAGGAGACUGACAUGCUUCUUGAUCACAGUGAUGAUUCGACCGACGGGGGAUCAGACACCGCCCAGUCAACUUCAGAAACUCCGGCUCCGCGUCGUUUCGACGAAACCGAUCGCAUGUUUGGAGACAUGAUGGCCAUUACGGGUCAGACGAGACCUCUGACUUUCGCCGACGUCAUGGAUUCGCUGAAUGCUCCCCAAGGGUCUGUCAAGAUAGCCGAGGGAAUGCAUUCUGAUAUUUUCCGAAUCGAUACCAUCGAGGGAACGAGCAUCCUCAAAGUCAUCAGUUUGGAGUUUAUCGUCAAGUAUUGGGACGCACUGUUCGCCGAAGCGCUCAUCAGCCUGGAACUAGGAAAGCUAAGGAAGCGGGCCGAUUUUCAUACGUCUGGCUUUGCCAACACAAAAAGGAUUUUCUGCUUGUUCGAUCGAUACCCCAGAGAGCUUGUCCAAGCGUGGAAAGAUUACACGUCCUGGAAGCGCACGGACCAUCAACAUGGGCCAGGUGAACUCGAGAUCGCACAGCCAUACAUGGUUUUUCAUUCCAUCUACGCAGGCAUCCCAUUAACGCAAGUGAAGGUUGAGACUACCCUGCAGCUGCGCAGCAUUCUACAACAGGUGGCGCUGUCCCUCGCCGUGGCCGAAGCGGCUCUGCAGUUCGAACACAGGGAUCUCAGCCUGAGUCACGUGCUCGUGGACGAGACCCAGUUCCAGCUGGCCCAGUACUGCAUCAGCGGCAAGAGCGUCUUCAUCAACACCUGGGGCGUCGCAGCGACCAUCAUCGACUUCGCCGCGGCCAGAAUCCGAGAAUGCCAGUCUGGUCAGGUUAUCUUCUCGAAUCUUCUUCAUGGCCGCCCGUGCGAAUCAAGGCAUUCGAAAGUGUACUCGAUCUACAACGAAAUCGGAAACCUGACAAGGGGAAACUGGUCCGGUUACUAUCCUAGGACCAACGUGGCUUGCCUUGCGCACCUCACGGACCAACUGUACCAGGCGUACCAGGAGAAGUUCCUCCGUAUCACGGACCUGAUGGAAGUCGAGGCCUGGACAGAGAUUCGCAACUGGCGCCUCAGUCUACCGGAGUACCGCUCCGUCGAAGACUUCGUGCAAUCCAAGUUGGAAUUGAGCCCGUGA